AUGGCCCCACCAAAGACUGUGCGUACGAUAUCGCAGGAAGCGUUCGACGAGAUGGUGAAGGAAAACAUAGAUGAUUUGGGAAUGGAACCUGCCGAGGCAUUGGAAGACGCCAUCCAGACACUUUCGCUCCAAGGUGUUGAUCUCUCCGGUAUUAUCAAAUGCGUCCCCGGAGAGAGCUCCGUUGAUGAAAACCCGGUCAUUCAAACUCUCACCGGGUUGAAGCGGCUGAGCUCCGGCGGUGAGCUCUUAACAUCCGACGAAAUUGUCGAAUUACUGGAACGACUGAGCGAGUUGUGUGGUUCUAAAGGUUCGGGGAAUGCUGCCAUAGCCGCCAAGAAUGGAGGGUUAGAGUUGGUUAUCUCGACUUUGCCCAAGCUUCCGAGGAAUGGCUCUCAUCGGAGCCUAGACUUGGCUCUCAACACAUUGGUUUCGUUACUUUAUGAUCUUCAAAGCACUGAAAUAUUUAAGGAGAAUGGUGGUCCAAAGAUGGUGAUGAACAUCCUGAAUGAUGAGAGUCUAGAUACUAGCAUCUUAAAUAGUGGUUUUUCGGUUGUUGCCGCAGCUGCAUCUGGAAAUGAGGUGCUAAAAGAGUCAUUUAUGGACUUAAAGGUAGAUGAACUCAUUAUCAAAACUCUAAGGAAACACAAUGGGAGGAGCUUGCCCUGUAUAUAUGAUGCCAUACGAGUUCUGUUAACAUCUGAUGACAAUCGUGUUGUGGCCUCCCAAGUUUUUGGUUAUGCUCGGAGAUUUGCCAAAGUUGGCAUUGUAGAUUUAUUGGUGAGCACACUUCAUGAAGGGCUCAGCUCACCAUGUGUGGUUUCAGCAAGCAUCGCUUUGAGAUCUGUUGCUGUGAAUGAUGAAAUAUGCCGAUCUGUUGCUGACAAUGAUGGUAUAGAUGCAAUUCUUAGUUGCAUUGAUGAUUCUGGGGAACAGGGAAAUAAAACUGUGGCUAAAGCUUGCUGCUCCUUGCUAUCUAAGUUGGCAGGAAGUGAUGUAAAUAAGGGUGUUAUCAUUGAGAAGAGAGGUGUCCCUAGACUCAUAAAACUUGCAGCCCGAUUUUCUGAAGAUCCUUCAGUAGUUCAGGAGGUUAUGUCACUUAUAUCUGUGCUGUGUUUGAGGUCCCCGGAUAAUGCAUCCCAUGCAGUUGAAGCUGGAGCUGGAGACCUCGCCAUGCAAGCCAUGCAGAGAUAUCCUGAAUCUGAUCAACUUCAGCGGAAUGCCUGUCUAAUGAUCCGGAAUCUUGUAGUCAGGAAUGCUGAGAACAGGACCAUCUUACUCGGCCAUGGUAUUGAGAAGCUCAUUAGGAAGGCCAAAGCUAGUCACAAGGUUUGCAAAGAUGCAGCCACCGAUGCGCUCAGGGAUCUUGGCCUUGACAACUACAACUCAUAA